AGAGCAACACCUUAACAUAAUUUGGGUGCAGAUUUGGUAAGGGAAGAAGUGAAGCUCGUUUUGUGCAGCAUCCUCCAGCCACACUUAGUCCAAAAGCAGAAGAGUCAGAUCCUUCGUCCUGUCCCGCCCGGCCCUGCGCCCUGGCUGGUGUGUACGCAGGAAUGUGUGGGGUGAGUGGGGGGCUCUGUCCCCCUCCCACCGGUCAGGGAGCGUGGACCCCGCCCCUCCCCCCUCCGGCUAGAGCUGAGCUGCGGCCACGGAGAAACAAAGUUCUUUGGUCUCAAAGUGACGCAAAAAUUCUUGCGGAGCUCUUUGGCGGCGGCUAUCUAGAGAUCAGACCAUGUGAGGGGCCGCGAGUACAAAUAGCGCGGCGGGCGGCGCCACUCCAGCGGCCGCGCCGGUGCCUCGAGGGCGCGAGGGUCGCGCCGCCUCCGCAGCCCGGGACCCGCCGCCGCGCCGCCCGCAGAGCUUUCCGUCUUGUCCCCAUAACCCGAGAGGAGAUUCAAACCAAGAACCAAGAGCUAGCCUGGGUCCUCGGCAGAUGGGAAUCCGCAUCACUUACUGACCAGCAGCAUGGAGACCACACCCUUGAAUUCUCAGAAAGUGCUGUCAGAGUGUAAGGACAGAGAGGACUGUCAAGAAAAUGGUGUUCUACAGAAGGGUGUCCCCACCACAGCGGACAGGGCAGAGCCUAGCCAAAUAUCCAAUGGGUACUCUGCAGUCCCCAGCACAAGUGCAGGGGACGAAGCUUCACACUCGAUCCCAGCUGCCACCACCACCCUGGUGGCUGAGAUUCGCCAAGGGGAGCGGGAGACCUGGGGCAAGAAGAUGGAUUUCCUCCUGUCCGUCAUUGGCUAUGCCGUGGACCUGGGCAACAUCUGGCGGUUUCCUUACAUAUGCUACCAGAAUGGCGGAGGGGCCUUCCUCCUCCCUUAUACCAUCAUGGCCAUUUUCGGGGGGAUCCCGCUCUUUUACAUGGAGCUCGCACUGGGCCAGUACCACCGAAACGGGUGCAUUUCCAUAUGGAGGAAGAUCUGCCCGAUUUUCAAAGGCAUUGGUUACGCCAUCUGCAUCAUCGCCUUUUACAUCGCCUCCUACUACAACACCAUCAUAGCCUGGGCGCUCUACUACCUCAUCUCCUCCCUCACGGACCGGCUGCCCUGGACUAGCUGCACGAACUCCUGGAACACUGGCAACUGCACCAACUACUUCGCCCAGGACAACAUCACCUGGACGCUGCAUUCCACGUCCCCCGCUGAGGAGUUCUACUUGCGCCAUGUCCUGCAGAUCCACCAGUCUAAGGGACUCCAGGACCUGGGCACCAUCAGCUGGCAGCUGACUCUCUGCAUCGUGCUCAUCUUCACCGUAAUCUACUUUAGCAUCUGGAAAGGCGUCAAAACAUCUGGCAAGGUGGUGUGGGUGACAGCCACCUUCCCAUACAUUGUCCUCUCUGUCCUGCUGGUGAGGGGGGCCACCCUUCCUGGAGCCUGGAGAGGGGUCGUCUUCUACUUGAAACCCAACUGGCAGAAACUCUUGGAGACAGGGGUGUGGGUAGAUGCCGCCGCUCAGAUCUUCUUCUCUCUUGGCCCGGGCUUUGGGGUUCUCCUGGCUUUUGCUAGCUACAACAAGUUCAACAACAACUGUUACCAAGAUGCCCUGGUGACCAGUGUGGUGAACUGCAUGACAAGCUUCGUCUCUGGCUUCGUCAUCUUCACGGUGCUUGGCUACAUGGCGGAGAUGAGGAAUGAAGAUGUGUCAGAGGUGGCCAAAGACGCAGGCCCCAGCCUCCUCUUCAUCACGUAUGCAGAGGCAAUAGCCAACAUGCCAGCAUCCACGUUCUUUGCCAUCAUCUUCUUCCUCAUGUUAAUCACGCUGGGAUUGGACAGCACGUUCGCAGGCCUGGAAGGUGUGAUCACAGCUGUGCUGGAUGAGUUCCCUCACAUCUGGGCCAAGCGCAGGGAAUGGUUCGUGCUCAUCGUGGUCAUCACGUGCGUCUUGGGAUCCCUGCUCACACUGACGUCAGGAGGGGCAUACGUGGUGACUCUGCUGGAGGAGUAUGCCACGGGGCCAGCAGUGCUCACCGUGGCCCUCAUCGAGGCCGUCGCCGUGUCUUGGUUCUAUGGAAUCACUCAGUUCUGCAGCGAUGUGAAGGAGAUGCUGGGCUUCAGCCCGGGAUGGUUUUGGAGGAUCUGCUGGGUGGCCAUCAGCCCUCUGUUUCUCCUGUUCAUCAUUUGCAGUUUUCUGAUGAGCCCACCCCAGCUACGGCUUUUCCAAUACAACUAUCCCCACUGGAGUAUCGUCUUGGGCUACUGCAUAGGGAUGUCGUCCGUCAUCUGCAUCCCUACCUAUAUCAUUUAUCGGCUGAUCAGCACUCCGGGGACACUUAAGGAGCGCAUUAUUAAAAGUAUCACUCCUGAAACACCCACAGAAAUCCCGUGUGGGGACAUCCGCAUGAAUGCUGUGUAACACACCCUGGGAGAGGACACCUCUUCCCAGCCACCUCUCUCAGCUCUGAAAAGCCCCACUGGACUCCUCCCCUCUAAGCCAAGCCUGAUGAAGACACGGUCCUAACCACUAUGGUGCCCAGACUCUUGUGGAUUCCGACCACUUCUUUCCGUGGACUCUCAGACAUGCUACCACAUUCGAUGGUGACACCACUGAGCUGGCCUCUUGGACACGUCAGGGAGUGGAAGGAGGGAUGAACGCCACCCAGUCAUCAGCUAGCUUCAGGUUUAGAAUUAGGUCUGUGAGAGUCUGUAUCAUGUUUUUGGUAAGAUCAUACUACCCCGCAUCUGUUAGCUUCUAAAGCCUUCAAUGUUCAUGAAUACAUAAACCACCUAAGAGAAAACAGAGAUGUCUUGCUAGCCAUAUAUAUUUUCUCGGUAGCAUAGAAUUCUAUAGCUGGAAUCUCCUAGAACCCUGUAACCCACGUGCUGCUGUGAGGUUAAGGAGGGAAGGUGUAAGGAUUGCUACACUGAAAAAAUGGUGUAUAUGUGUGAGCUAUUGUGUCUGUCCAUUAUCGUCUGUGAGCCCUCGAUCCCAAUACUCCAGGUCCAUUUCAAACUGUAUAAAUGGCCUCUAAUUUUUCUUACAUUAAACAGAUUCUACCUACUCAA